AUGGCCAAACAAUGUAUCUGUGUGAACUGUGGUUUCCGGCAUGAAGCUGCAAGUGAUAAAAAAUCGUCAUCUAAACCACCCCACAAAACCAAGGAAAAUCCCUUCGCAGCUCGAGGGAGAGAGGAGUUUUCAGAGCUAAUGGCGAAGGUUGAGGCGAAGAAGCAAAGGAUCUUAAAGCGAAGUGGGACAGACAACGCGUUGAUGGUUCGUUUUGUGCACUCGAAUGAUAAUAAGCUAAAGCCGGUCAUCAUUAAGGCGAAGAGUGAUAUCGGACUGAAGAAUAACACAAGCGCCGCAGCUGCAGCUGCAGCUUCAGUUGCAGCAGUUGCACCCACUUCAGUGCAGGUUUCAGCUGUGGAUAAAACACAAGAGAAGCUGAAACUUGACUAUUAUCUAGUUGCUACUGUGAUCUCAGCAAUGCUUCUACUAAUAUUUUUGGAAAUAUUAUGGAAUUUGAGUGCAGCAGCCAGCAAGAGAUAA